UUACGGUAAAGAGUUUUUGUCAACAAAGAAUAGAAUUUUUUAUCAAAAGUUUCUAAUUUAGGCAGAAUUUGUUAAAAAAAAUAAACGCUGAGCGUUUUGGUCCCCUUUCCUCCACGAAAAUCGUUCCUCGAGGCCUUUAAUUCAUCACGGAAGCCGGAAAAUUUGGUGUUAUCAAAUUUUUUGAUAUUUUUCAAAAUAUUUGAACAGAAAAAUAAACAAACUUACGUGGAUUUUUGAUAUAAAGUCGACACGUUCGCGAAAAAAAGCUUCAGUUAAUAUCGAAACAUGGCACAAUCAAACACAAAAGUCGCCCUCAUCACGGGAAUAACGGGUCAAGAUGGCUCCUACCUCGCUGAAUUCCUCCUCCAAAAGGGCUAUGAAGUGCACGGAAUUAUCCGGCGAGCCAGUACCUUCAACACACACCGCAUCGAGCACUUGUAUGCCGACAAGGCGGCCCAUCAAGGUGGCAAAAUGAAGCUUCACUAUGGCGACAUGACAGACUCCAGUUGUCUCGUUAAGAUCAUUAGCACGGUCCGGCCUUACGAAAUUUAUAAUUUAGCGGCACAAUCUCACGUUAAAAUUUCCUUCGACCUGAGCGAAUACACGGCGGAAGUGGAUGCCGUGGGAACUUUGCGACUUUUGGAUGCCAUUCGAACGUGCGGUUUGGAGAAACAAGUCAAAUUUUAUCAAGCCUCCACGUCGGAGCUCUAUGGAAAAGUCGUUGAAACCCCCCAAACGGAAAAAACGCCUUUUUAUCCACGUUCCCCGUAUGCCUGUGCCAAAUUAUACGCCUACUGGAUCGUCGUCAAUUAUCGUGAAGCUUAUGACAUGUUCGCUUGCAACGGAAUUCUCUUUAAUCACGAGUCACCGAGACGUGGCGAAAAUUUCGUCACACGAAAAAUCACCAGAUCUGUCGCGAAAAUCCACUUGAAUCAACUCGAUUACGUGGAAUUGGGCAAUCUCGACUCGAAACGUGACUGGGGUCAUGCCAAAGACUACGUCGAAGCGAUGUGGCUGAUGAUGCAGCAAGAAAAACCCGAAGAUUUUGUCAUUGCCACCGGAGAAACGCACAGCGUACGAGAAUUUGUCGAGUUAGCGUUUAAACACAUCGGCACGGAAAUCGAGUGGCGCGGAAGUGGCAUGGAGGAAGUUGGUGUGGAAAAAGGCACAAAUACCGUUCGCGUUAAAGUUAAUCCGAAAUAUUUUAGACCGACGGAGGUUGAUUUGCUGCUGGGUGACGCGACAAAAGCCAAAAAUCAGCUCAAAUGGGAACCAAAAACCUCGCUUUUGACCCUCGUGGAGGACAUGAUGACGGCGGACAUUGAAUUAAUGAAGAAAAAUCCGCUAGCGUAGGCGGCGGGACACAAAGCGGGAACGAAACGUACAGGAAAAUGCAUUCCAAAAAAUGUGAAACAUAAAAAAAAUUUAAAGCAUUUAUAUAAAUAAUAUGCAUGAUAAUAAUAAAAUAAAAUAUGACAGAUUUUUUUUUCGUAAAUGUGUAAAAAAGUAAUAAAA